CCAUCGUCGAGUACGAGGCCCAGCUGGAUCGUCAGCGGACACUGCUGGAAAUCUGCUGGAAACCCCAAAUAGAUCUGCAGAGAAUAGCAGGUGGCAUCAAUGAGCAAAUGCGCUUCUUCCCAACAUCCAGCACACAGCAAAGAAGAAUCUUCGGCCCCUUAGCAGAGUUAGCGUUGAGAUAUGUCUUCUGACGUCUCUGCAGCAACAAUGUCUUUAUCUCAGUCUCUGAGAGACUUCAUCAGGGAGCGACUGACCGCUGCUGCUGAAGAAAUAUUCACAGAGUUUGAUAAAACCAUCGUCCAGUACGAGGAACAGCUGGAUCGCCAACGUAAACUGCUUGAUGUCUGCUGGAAACCCCAAGUAGCCCUACAGAGAAUAAGAGAUGUUGAACAGCAGGUGGUACGGGAGGAGAAGGGAGUUAAUCUUAACCAGAGUUUCUGCAACACGGAGAGAUGCAUAAGUUUGGACCAAGAGGAAGCAGGAUUUCCACAGAUAAAAGACAAACAGAAAGAACUAUCUCUCUGGCAGGAAGAGAAUCAGGAAGAUCUGGAAUCUCUACAAAUAAAGAAUGAACACGAGGAGAUGGACUCCAUACAGAUAAAGGAUGAACAUGAGGAGACAGAAUCUACACAGAUAAAGGAUGAACAUAAACUCUGCAUUAGUCUGGCGAAGGAGCUUGAAAUCAAGCAGGAGACAGAUACCUUUGAUAUAACUCCUCCUUCUGAAAGAGAUAAGAAGAAACCAGAUCCAAUCAGCAACAGGCUUCUAAAGAACCAAUACAAUGAAAGAAUUGAUCAUGAAAACUCUGAAUCAAAUAGAGAUAAAGAACUGAAACAAAAUAAGAGGUAUCAAAAAACUGGAGGUAGACGUGACAACUUAGAUGGCAAAAAAGUAAAAAAACAGAAGAAUAAACACACAAAUGAGAAUCUGUGCUCUUGUAAUGUUUGUGAUAAAGUUUUAGCUCGAAGUUAUUUGUCUGAACACAUGAGAAUACACACAGGAGAGAAGCUUUUCUUAUGUACAGUUUGUGGAAAAAGUUUUCGGCAGCAAAAUCAUUUGACUGUACACAUGAGAACUCACACAGGGGAGAAGCCUUUCGCCUGUGUGAUUUGUGGAAAAAGCUUUACCCUGCAAAUGGUCUUGACAAAACAUAUAAGAACUCACACAGGUGAGAAGCCUUUCUCUUGUCUAACCUGUGGAAAAAGUUUCAGGCAUAGUGGGACAUUAUCUCAGCACACGAGAAUCCACACAGGGGAGAAGCCUUUCCCAUGUUCAACCUGCGGAAAGCGUUUUAGUGACAAGAGAAAUUUAUCUCGACACAUCAGAACUCACACAGAUGAGAGGCCUUUCUCGUGUCCAACUUGUGGAAAAAACUUUCGUCAAGGAGGUCAUUUGACUGUGCAUAUGAGAACUCAUGCAGUUAAAAAGUUGUACUUAUGUGAACUCUGUGGUGCUUGUUUCACUCAGAGUGUUGACUUGACGGAUCACAUGAAAACUCACAAAGGUAAGAAGGUGUAAUCUUGUAGUAUUCUCAAACAGUGAUGUGAAUUGUUUACUGGUCUUCGAAGCAUCUGUAUAGUUAUGCAAUGCAUAUUUGUUUGACCUUCAUGAGGGUGAAGGUCUGACAUUUGCUGACAUGUCGACAUAUUUGUACAUAAUGGAUCAUGACAGGUUGACUAAUACACGGUUCUGAGAACUUUCUAGAUAUGAACAUUUAGCUCAGUCCAUUUGUACAAUCAUAUGUCUUGUUUAAAAGCAGUUGGGUCGCAAACCAACCAAGACGAGCCCCUCUCCAUGUUGCCCCUGUUACUUUGUAAAACUCCAAAUCAUGCCAGAAAGUUUUUUUUUUUUAUGCACCCAGUUGCACCAUUGUAGUGAAAGGUGCAACUGUAACCCUAGACAUAGCAAGUUAAAUGUUUAGCACACAUCUUUUUUGGCUGUGGAAUCUCCUACACACAUUACCGGUGAACUUUAUCUCUGACCAAACAAAAAAAAAAACACUUUUGCCUCUGUCAAGGGUGUGAUGGAGAAAUUUUGUGGAAAAACUCAUGCUUUCAUAUACCUUGAAAUCAGUAACUUCCCUUGCCUAUUCUCUUCUGCCCUGAGUAGGCUACUACUUUCUUAUUUCAUAAGGAAUUUUUUUGGCUGUGUUGCCCUUUGAUAGUAAGUUUGUUGUGUUAGAGGGGCAAGACAUACAGCAAAGGUCAACAGGCCAGGAAUUUAACCUAUGACGGCCACUUGAGGACUGAUGCCUCUGUACAUGGGUAUAUAAUUCUGCUUUUGCAUGCUGUACUUUACCAACUAAAUUGUUGUAUAUAGCAUGAAUUUGUAAAUAGUUUUUCUGUAACUGUUAUACAUUGCUCUGUCUUUAAAGAGACUUUAAAUUCACUGUUUCCUGACUUUACUCUAUCCAUAUUAUUUACAGUAUAUACAAUAUGUCUCAGGAUAAUGGAGAACAUAUGAUUUCAUUGUAGCAUUGGGUCUUUGAGUAAAAAGAUGAUCUCCAGCUUUCAGGCCAAAUCCACCUCUAAAUAAGCACUUGCACAGAUGGUCACGCUGAAAUCAAAAGGCGUUUCUAAAAGAACUGUGUCUGUCAGACCACUCUGGGAGGAAGAAGGAUUAAUCCAAUGUGUAACAGUGGAAGGAUGAUCUCAUUAAUCUGAUAACAAGAGGGAACAGUUUGUCUCCAAAGCAUAAUGUGUGUAAAACUGUUACUGUGAGUUGACAAAAAGUAAAAUACAAUCCUAAACUAUGACCAUAUGUUCACUUAGUUAGAGCCUGUAGUUCUUCCCAAAACAACAAAUUAAUAAACAUUUAUGAAGACAAGUGUACUAACAAGUUUACAUACUAGCAUUUUAUCAGAAUCUCCAAGCAAAAAGGCUUAUUUGGAGCUCUAAUCUGAUCUUUUUAUGAGUUUUUGAUAUUGUGGCUCUCAUGCAUGGUAUAAACUAGCCUGAUCAUUUUCUCCUGACAUUGCUUGGCAAUUAAUUUUUCAACAAGUGUCACAACAUGAAUGUUAGAUUUGUGGGACAAACUAAAACUUAUUAUUUCAUAACUGUUUUUCCUUCCUAUCUUCUUAAAAUUUGUACAAAUGGCUCAUUAUAAAAGAAAACAUGUUUUACUUUCAGUGUCCUGCUCAGUUCGUUUCUAUCUGUUGCUUGAAUUGCCAGUCUAGUUGAUAUCCAGUAAUGCACUUUAUGUAAAAUAAAGAUGUUUGCACUGUGUUUUGUGAAAAUAAAUGGAUGUUUUCAUUGUCGAUGUAUUCUUUCUA